ACAGCCAGCUGUCGAGUUGUCAAAAAAUGUCGGCCAACAAGGAAAAUAACCUUAUUCAGGCCUACGUAGAAUUAAAUAAAUUUUGCCAAAGUAGCGAUUAUGAAAGGGCAUUAAAAGCAGCAGGAAAAAUCCUGCAGAUAGCACCAAAUGAGCAAAAAGCAUUCCACUGUAAAGUGAUAUGCUUCAUACAGCUACAUAACUUCAAAGAGGCGCUAACAGUUCUCAGCAAUGCCAAGAAUGCUUCGCUGGCAAGUGAUCUUGUGUUUGAGAAAGCAUACUCUCAGUACAGGCUUAACUGUCCCAAAGAGGCCUUGGAGACUGUUGAUGGUGCUUCAGAGUUAACACCUGCUUUAAAGGAACUAAGGGCUCAAAUUUUAUACCGCUUAGAGCAGUACCAGGACUGCUACAACCUUUACAGAGAUAUAGUGAAGAACACCACAGAUGACUAUGAAGAUGAAAGGAAGGCAAAUAUGUCCGCCGUUGUUUCUAACUUGGCUGCACUAACCCCAACAGCAGAUCUGCCAACGUUUGAGGAGAGCACCUACGAGCUGUCAUACAAUGCUGGCACAACACUGGCUAUGCGUGGAAAAUACAACGAAGCACUGCCAGUGCUGAAGAAAGCGGAACAGGCGUGCUCUGAGAGCGUCAUUGAAGACGGUGGCACUGAGGAGGAAGCUAAAGAAGAAGCCGCUAUCAUCAGGGUCCAGCAAGCAUAUUGCCAACAACAAAUGGGUAAAGAAAAGGAAGCAGCGUCUUUGUACCAGAAUGUUCUAAAGGACAAGCCCUCCGAUCAAGCUCUUAUCGCCAUCGCUAGCAACAACCUGGUUGUCAUCAACAGGGAUACGAACGUGUUCGACUCCCGCAAGCGUAUGAAGGCGGCAACACAAGACGGCCUCGAACACAAGCUGAACUCACGCCAGCGCGCCAGUAUCGCGUACAACCAGGCAAUCCUGGCCAUCUACUCUAACCAGCCGGACUUCUGCAAACAAUGCUGCGUGAAGCUAACCCGCGAGUUCUCUCAAGAGCGGAGGGCGGCUUUGGUGGAGGCCUGUUCUCUGGUGAAAGAGGGCAAACGGACCCAGGCGGUCACCUUAUUGCUCAAACAUGGGGGGCUACUAAUCCUAGCCGCUGCACAGGUUCUGUUGGCACAGGGUGACCGUAAGGCGGCCGUCAAACUGUUGGAGGAGAGCGAGUUCAAGUAUCGACCGGCCAUCGUUGGGCUGCUGUGUACAUUGCUGACUGCUGACAACGACUAUGAGAAAGCGUCCAAACUGUUUAUAGACGUUUAUGAGCAUUACAAGGAUGAUAAUGAGAAACUUAUUUCCCUCCGGAACGUGUGGCGCGCGGCCGCUGAAGCCCACCAGAGGGCAAACAACACCACAGCGGCUGCUAUAGCCCACGAGGCGCUGGCGAAAGCGGCGCCGGGCGACAAGCGUAGUCUAGCUAGGCUGGUGAAGGCUUUGGUGGGAGAUCCGGAGCGGGCGAGGAAGUUGGCCGCCGGACUACCGCCUAUAUCGGAAUUGGAGAGCAAAAUCGACGUGGACGCUUUGGAGUCCUCAAAAUGGAUGAUGGGAGCCAAGAUCGUUAAGAAAACCGUCCAGAGCAAACAGGAACAAUCGCCUGGGACACCAGGAUCGGAACUGGGUCAAAAGACGAAGGCGAAGCGGAAGCGAAAGACCAAGCUGCCACCCAACGCUGACCUGUCCAGACCACCCGACCCGGAAAGAUGGUUACCAAAGUACGAGCGUACCGCGUAUCGCAAGCGGCGUGGAAUACGUCGUGACGUCAUCAAGGGAAGCCAGGGGAUGACCACAAACGCUGUCGAUCAGUAUGACAUGAGUAAACAAACUCCAACGGCCACGGCAACGGCGGCGAAGAGUCCGCGCGUCGAGCCAAAGUCUGCGGACAGUGCGUGGCAACGCAAACAGCAGCAGAAGAAAAAGGGCAAAGGGAAAGGAAAAUGGUAGUUAACCUAUACAAAUAUAUACAUAUAUUGUACCAUUUAUAUCAUAAA